AAAUAGGAGAAGGACCGGUAAAAAGUAUCCCAGCCCCGAUAGUGCAUAUGGGUCAUCGGAUUCAAACGGCCGGGUACAUUCGUUUCUCUGCGAGUCGCGUGUGUAACAGCAUCCGAGUGUGUGCAGUCUGUACUUGAGGUCACGUUAGAUUUGCGCAUCUUCAUAUCUGCAUAAUAUAAAAAUCGAAGAACAAUGAGUAAAAGGUCGAUCGUGUUCUCGACUAGGGACGAUGAGACGGGAGAAAAGUCAGACGAGAUAUUCGGGGGGAGGAAGCCCAGUCUUGUGAAGGUACAACCUAGUGGUUGCUUGUUACCGGCGAGAUUUAUUUUCUACGCGCAGAACAUACGUGACAUGCCGGUGUACGAGGAUGACAUUUGGAUGAUCUCGUCUCCUCGAACUGGAAGUCACUGGGCAAUGGAAAUGACGUGGUGUAUCGACAACGAUUUUGAUUACGAAAAAGCCCGCACAAUCAUAUUAAAGCGGAGUCCUCUUCUCGAAACUUCGGUUCUGUACAUCAAUGGAAAAUUUGAUGAUUGGUUCGAAACUCUAAUAGGCGACUCCGUCAAAAAUGUAAUUAAGAUGCCAAGACCACGAUAUAUAAAAACUCACCUGCCAUGGGACUUAUUGCCAAGGCAACUUCACGAGAAAAAGCCAAAGAUAAUUUAUUUGACGAGAAAUCCAAAAGACGUCUGUGUCAGUUGUUACCAUUAUUACCGACUAUUCCACGGCCUGAAUGGAAACUUUGACGAUUAUGCAGAAUUGAUGCUGCGUGAUGGUGUGCCGUACGCCCCAUUUUGGGAUCAUGUUCUGCCCUUCUGGAAGAUGCGAAAUCAAGAUAACAUGCUGUUUCUGACGUAUGAAGAAAUGAAACGGGAUCUAGUGGCGGCGAUUAAGAAGACAGCGAAAUAUUUAGGCAAAACCGUAACGGACGAACAAGUUAUCGGGCUGCGCGAGCACCUGAAAUUUUCCAAAAUGGUGGAAAAUCCAUCGGUGAACAUAAAACUGCUGCUAGGUGACAAGGAUGAACCGAACGAUGAUCCGAAUCUCAAUUUCAUCAGAAAGGGCAAAGUCGGCGAUUGGACGAAUCACAUGUCGAAGGAUCUCGCUCGACGAUUCGAUAAAUGGACGGAGAAGCAUCUCAACGGGACCGGCCUAAAGUUCGACGUGGACGUUAUGUCCGACGAAGAACAAUAGCUUCGUAUUAUCCCCACCUGAAAGAAUUAUGAGAAUUUUUAUUUUUGAUUGUAAACCUAAUAAUUAUUGUAUUAUAAUCGAUUUGUCAUGGGAAUUUAUCAUAUAUUCAAAAACACCGUAAAAUUGCAUAUAAGAUCCCGAUUUGUAAGUGUAACAGAAUCGCACACAAGACGGAUUUAUAAUUCGCACCAGAUUAUUUGAGAAUAUAAUUUUAUUUGCAAUUUUACAUUCUGUGAUUUUGAUUUACAUGUAUAUGUUUAAUUUAAUACAUGUAUACAUUGUUUUUCUUAUUCUUCAAAUUCUUUUUCGGUUACAUGAUAAUAAACUUAUGAAUAAAAAUAUUAUCUUGAAAUCCAAUGCUAGGUACAACCAAAGAAAGAAUAUUAAAAAGAAAUUAUAUAUAAGGAUAAAAGAAAAAGAUAGAAGCGGAGAUGAGAAAAGAUGGGUGAGAGCGGUAGUGAGAAAAUAAUAACGAGUUUUAGCGUGAGGAAGAUCCUGUCAAAAUUUUGUUAGUUCUGGUGUGGUUGACUGGCGAUGUGCGAAUGGAUGAAUAUAUUAAGGAACCUAUUGUAAACCAAGUUUACUUCUUGGCAGUAGCCGAAGUUAAAUAAAUAUUAUUAUCUUGAAA